AUGCCUGAUGCAAAUACUAUAACAGCCCACCCUGAAGAUGAUCGAGACCAGUCUGCUACUGCAGAGGAGAACCGGGGCGAAUCAAUUAUGACAGAAAUGCUGGAUCUUACUGCACAAUUCGCCAAGCUCUCGACCACCUCAGCGAAUCUUACGAGAUGCAUCUCGGAGCCUCCCAAGGCACAUGAUAGAGUUUGCAGGAAACGAACUUGUCGCAAACCACAUCAUCAUUAUCUCUAUGGUCUCCAACCCUUACCCACGGAACUUUGUCCACGACACGCUGCAGUUGCUGCGGCUAUUCGACGUUAUUUCCGAUCAGUCUCAGAGAACAGGCAGCAUGUAUCGGCUUCACUAGAUUCGAUGCUCCAGGGUAUGACUGCUCCAGGGUGUUCGAAGAGGUGUAGCCGAGCCCGAAAAAGGCUUCUGGGCUGUCCUCAAGACCAUCUCCCAACGAUAGCCGAGGAUGCUGUCUCACCACAACAUGGGGGCUCUCCGAUGGACAUUGACGUACGAGAUUCGUCUUCCACAAUGCAGAAGUAA